CCUGAGGCGCUGACUGAUUUCCACCUGGUCUGGCUGGCUCCAAACGGAACAGAACUAUUGCCGGUUGGCGAGCCGUUACUGGAUUUCCAAACCGGUGAAGUGAAUGUCCGCCUUCCAAUCAACACGACUCAGCUUCGCGAGAAAGGUCACAGCAUUACCGGAUUCCUGGUCGGUAAAAGCCCGUACGAUCAGCCACUUUGGUAUGCUCUUGGAUCACCACAAAUGCCCAGAAGUCUGGCGCCAAGUGAGUAA